AAGAGGACAAAGGCGGCGCGCCGCCUGUGUCAUCCGCCAUCUUGUGCGAAGCAAGGUGGCCUCCACGUUCCCCGAACGUCUUCUUCGCUUCUGCCUCGACCGCCCCUUGAUCACAGACAUGUCUCGGGACCGGUUCCGAAGUCGGGGCGGUGGCGGUGGCGGUUUCCACCGACGCGGAGGGGGAGGCGGCCGCGGCGGCCUCCACGAUUUCCGCUCUCCGCCACCCGGCAUGGGCCUCAAUCAGAACCGCGGACCUUUGGGGCCCGGCCCGGGCCAGGGCGGCCCCAAGCCUCCGAUCCCGCCACCGCCUCCGCACCAGCAACAGCAGCAGCCACCGCCGCAGCAGCCGCCACCACAGCAGCCGCCGCCGCUUCAGCCGCCGCCGCACCAGCCGCCGCAUCCGCAGCCGCCGCAUCAGCCGCCGCCGCCGCCACAGGACUCAUCUAAGCCUGCCGUCCCUCAGGGACCCGGCCCUGCUCCCGGAGUAGGCAGCGCUCCCCCGGCCUCCGGCUCGGCGCCGCCCGCCACACCCCCGACUUCGGGGGCCCCCACGGGGCCAGGCCCCACCCCGACCCCGCCGCCCGCUGUCACCUCGGCGCCCCCCGGGGUGCCCCCGCCCGCGCCGCCGAGCAGCGGGGUCCCCACCACCCCCCCUCAGGCUGGCGGCCCGCCGCCUCCACCCGCGGGGGUCCCGGGCCCCGGGCCUAAGCAGGGCCCAGGAGCCGGCGGCCCCAAAGGCGGCAAAAUGCCAGGCGGGCCGAAGCCCGGCGGCGGCCCGGGCCUAAGCACUCCUGGCGGCCACCCCAAGCCGCCGCACCGAGGCGGCGGGGAGCCCCGCGGGGGCCGGCAACACCACCCGCCCUACCACCAGCAGCACCACCAAGGGCCGCCGCCCGGCGGGCCCGGGGGCCGCAGCGAGGAGAAGAUCUCUGACUCCGAGGGGUUUAAAGCCAACUUGUCUCUCUUGAGGAGGCCUGGAGAGAAAACUUACACGCAGCGUUGUCGGUUGUUUGUUGGUAAUCUACCUGCUGAUAUCACGGAGGAUGAAUUCAAAAGAUUAUUUGCUAAAUAUGGAGAACCAGGAGAAGUUUUUAUCAACAAAGGCAAAGGAUUUGGAUUUAUUAAGCUUGAAUCUAGAGCAUUAGCUGAAAUUGCUAAAGCUGAACUUGAUGAUACACCCAUGAGAGGUAGACAGCUUCGGGUUCGAUUUGCCACACAUGCUGCUGCCCUUUCUGUUCGAAAUCUUUCACCUUAUGUUUCCAAUGAACUGUUGGAAGAAGCCUUUAGUCAGUUUGGUCCUAUUGAAAGGGCUGUUGUAAUUGUGGAUGAUCGUGGAAGAUCUACAGGGAAAGGCAUUGUUGAAUUUGCUUCUAAACCAGCAGCAAGAAAAGCAUUUGAAAGAUGCAGUGAAGGUGUUUUCUUACUAACAACAACUCCUCGUCCAGUCAUUGUGGAACCCCUUGAACAGUUAGAUGAUGAAGAUGGUCUUCCUGAAAAACUUGCACAGAAGAAUCCAAUGUAUCAAAAGGAGAGAGAAACCCCUCCUCGUUUUGCCCAGCAUGGCACAUUUGAGUAUGAGUAUUCUCAGAGGUGGAAGUCCCUGGAUGAAAUGGAAAAACAGCAGCGGGAACAAGUUGAAAAAAACAUGAAAGAUGCAAAGGACAAAUUGGAAAGUGAAAUGGAAGAUGCCUAUCAUGAGCAUCAGGCAAAUCUUUUGCGUCAAGAUCUGAUGAGACGCCAGGAAGAAUUAAGACGCAUGGAAGAACUUCACAAUCAAGAAAUGCAGAAACGUAAAGAGAUGCAAUUGAGGCAAGAGGAGGAACGACGUAGGAGGGAAGAAGAGAUGAUGAUUCGUCAACGUGAGAUGGAAGAACAAAUGAGACGCCAAAGAGAGGAAAGUUAUAGCCGGAUGGGCUACAUGGAUCCGAGAGAAAGAGACAUGAGAAUGGGCGGUGGAGGAGCAAUGAACAUGGGAGAUCCCUAUGGUUCAGGAGGCCAGAAAUUUCCACCUCUAGGUGGUGGUGGUGGCAUAGGUUAUGAAGCUAAUCCUGGAGUUCCACCGGCAACAAUGAGUGGUUCCAUGAUGGGAAGCGACAUGCGUACUGAGCGCUUUGGGCAGGGAGGUGCGGGACCUGUGGGUGGACAGGGUCCUAGAGGAAUGGGGCCUGGAACUCCGGCAGGAUAUGGUAGAGGGAGAGAAGAGUAUGAAGGCCCAAACAAGAAACCCCGAUUUUAGAUGUGAUAUCUAGGCUUUCAUUCCAGUUUGUUUUUGUCUUUUCUUGUUUAGAUAGCAAUCUUUUAAAUUCUUGCAUUUUAGUAAGAAAGCUACCUUUUUAUGGAUGUUAGCAGUUUAUUGACCUAAUAUUUGUAAAUGGUCUGUUUGGGCAGGUAAAAUUAUGUAAUGCAGUGUUUGAAACAGGGGAAUUUUUUUUUCCUUUUUUUCCUUUUUUUUUUUUUAACUGUAUAAUGUCCCUCAAUUUAUGGCAGUGUACCUUGUGCCACUGAUUUCCAAAGUGUACCAAUUUUUUUUUUUUACUGUGCUUCAAAUAAAUAGAAAAAAUAGUUAAGAUUUUGAUCUUCAACUUUGCCAUUCAUGCUUCUAUGCACAUUAGGCUAGGUGUUCCACUUGGAAAGCAUAAGAGUGUCUAGGCCUUUGAGUGGCAUAUGCCAUUUCUGGGAAAUGUAUUUGUAGGCUAAGUAUUGCUUUCUACAUUUAAGUACCCCCUUGUUUUAAAAAGAAGAAAUGCAUAUUGAAUAGUUUCAUGAUUUGAUUUGUUUGGCAUUAUAGGAAGCAAGCCGGUGCUAGUAUUUUCAAAUGGCUAUGUAAGCAAAGCUGAACUGUAAAUCUUCAUUCAGGAAUGUGUAUUAAGAUUAUGGAAUGGGUGUAAGACUAUUGGUAGGGGGAGAAAGUGGGUAUGACUUAAAUGGAUCUUUUACGGCCCUAUGAUCUAUCCUUUCCUUGAAAGUUUCUGAAGAACAAGUGGAAAGAUCAUUUUGUUGCAUUCCUCCAUUCUUGUUUUUUAAAGAACGAGUCCCAAGCCCUACGAACGGCUUGUAUUGAACAUUCACAUCUGAAUUAAAGAUUGUUAAACAUGAAGUCUUUUCAUGUAUUACUUCAAGUGAUUUAUAAAGAUGGGGUUUAGUCUGAAUAAUUAAACUCGAAAGUAAGGUAUAGUCAUCAUAAAGUAGGUUUGGCUAUGUAUACAUUUGUACUCUUAACUUUUACAUCUCCUUGUGGUACUUCUGUUGGGCAAAAAUCUGUAGGACUAUAAAAAAAACUUAUUUUCUUUUCUAAGAGCUGGUAGUGACUUAAUAACAAAUAGGGUUGCAGAGAACUAUACUUACUGUGAAAUAUUUUUAACGUGUUUUUCCAUAGUUUCCUUUUGAUGUAGCACUAAAUCUGGAGAGUUGCUCGUGCUACACAGUACAAAUAUCCUUUCCUCCCACCAUAAAGCUUUGGAGCUUUUCGAUGGUGUUGUCAGUUUAUUGUCAACUUCAUUGAAUCUCCUUUCAUUAGAGACAUUUUGACUUAUUAAUAAAAUAGAUUGUUACUGUUGUCUGUUAGUACAAUGGGAACCUGCUUUCCCAUGUUUAUAUUGUUAGCAGAGGAAUAACUUCCUAAAAGUAGUAGGUAAGGUAACUGAAUGGUUUGGCUUUGUUCUUAGUUAUGUUUCCAUUCAAAUUUGUACAUUAUAGAACUCUUACUAUGGAAUGUGUCUUCCUCCUUUUCACCUCUGUUGGUGUUAAUUGGCAAAAGUAAAAUUCUAAACCAAAUCUUUGUUUAAAUACUGAAGGCUUAGUAUUGUGCCUGAGUACAAAGGGAAACCUGUUGUUGAAACAAUUGAGCACUCGUGCAUAGGAAACCUGUUAAUACUAAAAGUAAAACACUAGUGGAGUAUAAAGGCAUGCCACCGAAUUCUGGUUGUGUGACUGACAGGUACCUGGUGUACUAAUUAAGGGAGAGAAUCUCAUUAGAAAAUGUUCAUUAUUUCUGUUCACCAAGACACUUGGAAAUGAGUAGUUCUACCAGAAUUAUAUCAAUGAGGAAGUUUUGUCCCAAGUCAAGUUAUUAAUUGGUGAUAAUGUAUGAGAUUUUCUGUACCGGAAACAAGGGUCUUGAUUUGAAAGGAGUCCAUUACAAUUUGAUUGAAUUGUAUGGUAGGGACUCCACUAAUGAUAAGAAAAUAAGGGGUGUUCAUGGGACACCCACAGAGGGUGAACUUGAAUGUGUGGGCGGGGGCUGGUGGGGAAAUGGAAAAAUCUGCCUAUAAAAUUAAUGUUUCAGUUUAUUUUUCAGAUUACAUGCCUUUCUUUAUAAGGGAUGCUGGCACAGACCCCUAAAAUAAGCUUUUGGUAGUACUGUACCUUUGAAGAGUGGUGAAGGAUGCUAAUGGAUAAUCUCCUGAAAGUUGUGGUUUUGAUAGCCUCAUUGUGUAGAAUUGCUAAACGUUGUUUAGCAAGUAAUGUUGCUUAGUUUCAACUAAGUUUUGACUUUAAUCACUGAAACAGCAGCGUACCAAGGGUCGUAAGCUACUCAAAUAGACUUUCAACAAGUCUUGGAAUGUAUAUGAUAGUUUUUAGCCUAAUGGGAAUUUGAAUCAUCUUUAAAAGUAGAUUCCUAAAAGCUGAUUUAUGAAACUUGGGGGUGGGAAAGGGAAAGUAGUACUUUUGAAGUAUUUUAGCCAUUUUUCUCAUUUAAAGAAACCACCUGCCCCCGUUUCCUCUUCUCCACUUUCUCUCAUAAUUUUGUUUUAAGAGGAACACUGAUUGUUUUUAAACUUAUUACUCCUCUUAUAAUUCCUAAUCUUUAAAAACUGCAUUCUCUAAGAGAUCCCAGUGUAUUUAAUAGGUGUUUUAGAAACUUAACCCAUUGGCUCAACGUUUAGUGAAACCAUAAUCCUCUUUGCUUAGAUAAACUUCUAAGAAAUACUAUAAGCCCCACCACUCUUUAUUAGAUGUAUUAUACCACUAAUAUAAACAUAAUAAUUUGGGAAAUUGUAAUGUUACGCCUGUGCAAUUUUUAUAAGUGGCAUAUUAUGGCAGAUAAAAAUUUAGAUACUUGGCUUUUCUUGGGCAAGCCACUAAGUUGUGGCGGAAUAUUUUCUGGUGUUCUUGGACUGCAAUUAUGCACUAUUAAAGUAGUCGCCUGCUACAUAACUGCAUUUAGCCAGCAUUUCUGCAGUGCGUAACUGUGAGGAACGUAGUACCGCAAAUGGCAAUGGACAUUAGGACCCGGAUGUAGUAUUCCUGCUUGCUCCGAGAUUCUCAUUGCCGACUGCAUACAGGUAAGAAUGAUUGAUGUUGGCUGAUAUUGGAGUGUUCAUUCCGUUGAAGUGGAUAAGAUAUUUGUUCUCAAGACAUCACACAGCAUGAGCUGAUCAAGAAGGAAAGCUACAGCUUGUUAGACUGAUGAAAUAUCUAGGAUCCGGUGAACUCUGUCCCGAAAACCAGUGAGGAAGAGAGCAAAGAAGAAUAAAACAACCUGUUGUUUAAUAAAGACAUUUUAAAAUCA